UAACACUCAGAGCUUCGCCACCUUGGGUGGUCAGUCGCAGAUGUUCUAAGCUCCGUGAAGUCGAGCUGCUUAUUAUAGUUAACAUCAUGACAAUGAAGAUGUACUUUGGAAGACAAAUGAAUGCUUCCUGGGGCUUUUUCAUAGCUGAGUGCACUUCGAAAGCGAGACUGAAAAGAAAGUGCUCAGAUGCUUACACAAUGAUGUCGACUUGCCGCUUCAAAAUGAAGUACAUAGUCGUUCGCAACAAGUUGAGAAAACAUCGCAUAGCCGCGGGAACAAGGUCGAUCAGGUGCAAUGUACUGCAAAAGACACGCAUUGACAAUGUUGAAUACGCACCAUGUCGAAUACUCAAUACGUUAUGAAAGGUGGCAAAAAGAAACGAAAACUGUUCACGGGUAUUUGCCCAAUGAUGAGAAGUUGUUCGUCAAAAUAUACAACCAGAAUAUAGACCCGGUCCAAAUAUUUAAUAGAAAGGGUGCGGAAAGUAUUACAGGUUGGCUAGUGCACAAACCUGUCGGGAUCGUCCGGGCAUGGAUAAUACUAUAGGAAGCUAGCUCAAAAAAACACAUACAAAUUCAUGGAAUAUUGUCUUUAAGCCCACUACGUGGACAUUCCUGAAGUACUUGCUGCAGUUAACAAACAAAUUUAUUUUACAUACUGCACUGCACACAUAAAUUACUAUACAUAUACUGAAUUCAUCCCAUGGUGCACAUCAAUUCUCAAUGUCAGCGCGAACAGAAGAAUCCUGCGGUGUGCCAUGCUUCAAAAUAAACUCUAUUAUUACACAUACCU